AAAUGAAAAAAUCCAAAUAACAGCGUCCCUAGUUAUCCAUAUACAACUAUAGAGCUUAGGUUAAGUUCAUGGAGCUAGCCUUUUAUUGUUCCAAAAGCCAAAGACAAAACCUCCACAUAUACAUCUCCACUUGAUAUCCUUAAUGGAAAAUGAAAAACUUCUCCAGUAAAUUCCAUCCUUAUAGUCAUCACCACACACAAGAAUCUCAAAACCAAGAAACAAGAAAACAAAAGGAAACCAUAGAGGAGGAGGAGGAAGAAGAAAGAGCAAGGUGUGAAUGGGAUUUCAGUCUCUCCACAAUAGUUUCAUCAAGCAACGAUAACAACACUGCCUCCAUAUCAGAUGCUUUAGGGGUGAUCGAAUUCGACCAGACGAAUAGCAUCAUCGCCACAGGUGGAAUAGCAAGAAAGAUAAGGAUUUAUAGUCUCGAGUCUCUGUUACCGCAUGAAAGUACUAGCCAAGACGUGCAUGAUACUAUUUUUUUAGACCAUGCCAGGGCUCGUGACUAUUAUAUUUGUACCCCAGCUAAGCUUAGUAGUUUCCGAUGGAAACCCAGGUCAGACGGUCGGGUUCUAGGGUCCGGAGACUACGACGGGGUGGUGAUGGAAUAUAAUCUUGAGAGGAGAAUACCAAUCUUUGAACGCGAUGAACAUGGCGGGCGAAGGGUUUGGAGUGUGGACUAUUCACAUUGCGAUCCGACUAUGGGUGCAUCCGGGUCGGAUGAUGGAACCAUGCAAAUGUGGGACACACGCAGUGAGAGUGGGGAAUGCGUGGCUACGGUUCAACCUAGCGUGAGACGCAGUGCCGUCUGUUGCGUGGAGUUUAAUCCAUUUGGUGGACCAAUAGUAGCCAUCGGAUGUGCUGACAGCAAGGUAUACGGGUAUGAUCUUCGAAUGAUGGCUAGCCCAGUAUUUGUUCUUGAUGGGCAUAGGAAGACCGUGACAUACAUCAAAUUUCUUGAUAAUGUUACAUUAGUAUCUGCUAGCAUUGAUGGAUGCUUGAAGCUAUGGAAUUCGGACAAUUCGAACGUCAUUCGGACCUACCACGGGCACGUCAACAAUCGGAACUUUGUUGGAUUAUCAGUGUGGAGGAAUGGAGGCUUGUUAGGGUGUGGAUCAGAAAACAAUAAGGUUUUUGUGUAUGACAAGAGAUGGAGUGAACCAGUAUGGGUUCGUGAGUCUAGCCCCAUGGGCAAAGAUGGGUGUGGCAGUGGGUUUGUUAGUAGUGUGUGCUGGAGGCAAGUGGGGGAAGACCAAUGCACGCUUGUAACAGGAGGAUCAGAUGGGAUCUUGCAAGUUUUUCGAGGCAAAAGGAAGACACGGACUGGAUAAUAAAGAAGUUUUUUUUCCAAAGGUCGCCUUAGCACUCUCUACAAAAGGAUGAAAAGAGAAGACUAGUAAAAAAGGAUGAAGAAAGAGGACUGGUAAACCUAAAACCAAGAAACUUAGAGAUUGAGAGAACCAAGAGGCGGAGAGCUUGGAGGAGCAGCUUUGAUUUAGAGAAUAGAGAUUGAAAAAUGAAGAUAUUGAUUUAGAUUUAGAGAUUGAGAACGGGGUUGUGAUUGUGGAGGCAGGCGGCUUGUUGCUAAUUGCUAGGGUUAGAAUGCAAUUCUUUUUAUUCAUAGAAUCUUGGUUUUUUAGUAAUUUUUAGACCGGUCCAGUUAUUUUGGUUUUAGCUAUUGAAAAUCGAAAUUAAACUGAACCAAAUUUUUUUAAAAAUUUUCUAAUCAUGUUAAAUCAUUUUUUUUA